AUGAGGAGCUCAAUCGUCUACUUCUGCGUCUUCUUCGCCUGCUUCUGGAUCACCUUGAUCGCUCGCAUGGGUCACUCUACGGUGAAGAUCUACGGGGGCUUCAGGCAGCAGUUCGAAGCGAUCUCCGACAUUUCUAAGAGCUCACAAUCUCUUUCCCCUCAAGGCCUUUCGGUCCGGCAGGGCUCGACAUCGGAGGAGGCGCCGAGGCUCACAGCCAACGUUGCAUCUCCCAGCCCCCCCGUUGAACGGCAGGUGGACGGGGGGGCUCCUUCAGCUCCGGGAGGCGUCGGAGGCGCUCGGGCGGCAGGAGACGUGAAGACCAACAUCAUGUUCGUGGACAAGGAGGUGAUGGACAGGUUCUGGGGAGGAGGACACUCGGAGCGGAUGACAGCAGCGGCCAACGGGGAGUGCGGGGACGUUUGCAAGUUCAGCUACAGCAGGGAGGGCUCGGAGUACUUUGACGUGCUGGUGCUGGUGGCGGGUCACUCAGGGCGGGAGGCGACCUUCAGACACAAGAUGGAGAGCAUCGAGCAGGCGCAGAAGCGCAAGACCCUCAAGGCCGUCGUGCUGACUGAGGCAGACGACGAUUUGUUCCGUGUACGGAACUAUAUGCGACAUUACGAUGUGAGAAUUUCCUAUUCCUUCGACGCGGACAUCAAGACGUUUCAGAGCUGCGGGACGGUCAACGAGAUGGUGGAGCGACGGGUCUCAGGGAGAGCCUUUCUCAACCAGACCUUCCUCAGACCCGGCAGCAUCGUCGGUAUGAUCAGCAACUGCGGGUCCAGCUACCGCCAACAGUACAUAGCGGAGCUGAUGAAGCAUAUCAAGAUCGAUCAGUACGGCACUUGUUUCAACAACAAGCAGCUUGAAAGCCACCAGAGGCGGGGGUCGAGUCAGUGGCACACGGAGAAGGAGAAGGUUCUAUCGCAGUACAAAGUCUCUCUCGCCAUGGAGAACACCAUCAAGUCGGACUACGUCACCGAGAAGGUCUACAACGCCCUGGCCGUUGGCUCCCUCCCCGUCUACCAUGGCACCCAGGACGUGAUCAAGUAUGUGCCUUCAAACUCCAUCAUUCACGCGGGAAACUUCACUCCAGUGAAGCUUGCAGAGCAUCUGAGUAAGGUGUUGGAGGAUCAGACGCUCUUCGAGUCGUACUUCCAGUGGACCGAAGAAGACGUUCGGAUGCUGCAGCGCAAGCUGCACUGUAACAGGUCGUGGUACUGUAGGGUGUGCGACCUGGCGCGGGAGAGGCUCAAGCCCAACGGGCGAAGGAGAUUUGAGGAGGAAGUGAAAUAA